CGAAAUAAAGCCCGUGAUUGCUUAAAAAGCAAAACUACAAGUUGCAAACUGUUUUAAAAUAGAGAUUCAAACCUACAGGAAUAGGCAUUGAAUUACUGAAAACGUGUACUUAAUAUACAAGAAAGCUGGAUAAGCUUCUGAAAAAGAGAGGAGGAAAGGUGAAACCCUUCGUCAUGGGUUCAAAAGAUGAAUAUUUUGACGCAGUUGAAGAUCAAAAUGACGGCUUAGAUGAUCUAAACGAAACGGAAGAGUUGAGAAGGCGUAGCGUCAAUGAACUCAGAGAAUGGGUCAGAAGUCAGCCGCAUUUUGUGAACUGUCGAUUAGACAGCAACUUUUUACUUCGUUUUCUACGGAUGAGAAAAUACCGAGUAGAUCUGGCGAAGCAAGUAUUAGACAAAUAUCUCACUGUGAAAACGAAAUAUCCAGUUACAUAUCAGAAGCUAGAUAUACAAAGUUCAAGUCUUAGAGAUCUCAUUUCUAGAGGGUACGUAUUUCCCCUUCCAGAAAGAGACAAAGAGGGCCGAACAGUUUUAUUCUGUGUAGCAGGUGCGUUAGAUGUGUCCCGCCACAAACAGUCGGAUGUCUUCAGAUCGUUUAUCCUGACUAUGGAAGCACUGAUGGAGUGUGAGCUUAACCAAAAGAGAGGCAUCACUUACAUCUUCACACAAGAAGGAUAUCAUAUUAGCCAUGCUUUAUUAGUGGGUCUCAGAGAUCUUCAGAAAAUGAUAAGUAGCGGAGAGAAAGCUAUGCCUGUGAGACAUAAGCAAAUGCACUGGAUGAAUGUGCCUAAAUAUUUGUCAACUCUUUUUCACGUGCUGAAAACAUUUUUAAGCCAAAAACUUCAAGACCGAAUUAUGAUCCACCCAAAUAUAGCAGCACUCCAUGAGCAUUUUCCCCCAUCAAUGCUUCCAAAAGAAUAUGGUGGAACAAUUCCUCUCAGUGAAAUGACAAAAAGAUGGAUUGAAAUACUAGAGUCGAAGAGAGAACGCAUCUUAGCUUUAGAUCAAAUGAAGGUUGAUGAAAGCAAGCGGCCUAAAGGCAAGCAUUCUGGACAUUUAAUUCCACGCCUGGUGAACAGCAUUAGCAAAAUGGAGAUAUACUAA